GUUCUACACUUAUCGAAGCGCAAGUUAGAUACAUUGAUCAACGAAAUAAAGUUCGAAGCUGCGACUAACGGUACUCGGUUUUUCGCCGAUAUGGUUUCAAUACGGAUUUACAAAAAAAGCAAUUCCUCCACUACGAGCAGUGGCGCCAUCUUUCUUGUGAGCUUUCUCUUUACUCUGCUCGUCGGACGGGCUUCCGGUGAAUACGGUUCGAACGUAAGGGAAAACGUCGUAAGUCGCAGCGUCGAUGGGAACGCGAACGGAUUAUGUACGGGAGCGAACUGCGCGGAAAGGGGUAGCAGCGUAACUGGUGCAAUGUGGUUCGGUCCUCGGCUCGGACGACGCCGAAGAUCGGAUGAGAAAACGGAGACUUUUGACGAAGAUCAAAUCAAUACGAUCGCCGACGUUUUGCAGUCUGCGCCUUGGACUCUCGUGUCGAUUGAAGGAGACAAAAGACGCGCAAAUCAGUAUACUCCUCGCCUCGGGCGGGAAUCCAGCGAGGAUUUGUUGCAAAAGCUGUUAAUGGGUGACAACGGGAGAUUGGGACGUUUAUUCGAAGGCGACGAUCUGAUGGAGGAGCGUCAAGUGCCGCCUCCCCCACCGCCGCCGCCGUUCGCACCACGGCUUGGUCGUCGCUUGACAUUGCCGCCGCCAACGCCGAGACUCGGACGGCGACUGAGAGCCCUUCUCCAAAAGCUUUAAAUCAAUGUCCCUCCGCCCCCCAUUGCACAAAGAGUAAUUGUCCCCAUUUGCAUAUUUGAUCAUGUGAAAAAGUGAAUAUAUAAACAUAUAAAAAUAUACAAAAUAAGCCUCGCACGAUAAAAAAAAACAAUUUCGCGCGUUCGAGCGAUUGCGAUCACGUUCGAAAAACCUUGAUCAAUGUAAGCCAUUGUAUUUGACCUUAAAUCCUCGAUGUAUUGCCGGGAUGCGUGAAAUUGAAAAAAAAAAAAUGGUUAAAAACGUCACUCGAAAUGAGAAUCAAUAAAGAUGUCUAUUUAUAUUUCUA